AUGUGGAACACGGUCAGUCAUAUAUUGACCGGCAUACUUCCUCCCGUACUGCCCAUCCGGCCUCGUCCAGACUCUGCACCAACUCCAGCCGACGGGACGACUGCACAGGACCCUACCACAGGCAAGAUGGACGCCGAAGGGAUGUACAAACCCAGCAUCAUUGACGUUAUUGUCGUCAAGGCCAUGCUGGUCAAAGGCCUCCAGAUUCCUGUAGAGAUCGCCGACAACAUUAUUGAGCUCGCCGAGUACUGGCCGCACGUCACCGCCGAGGUCACAUGGGGAGACGAGCGCCCAAAUCAAGUAUGGAGCGGCGAGAGCAGAGAGAACCAGUUCUUGCUCCGCACACCACCCCUAGGCUUCCCAGACUGGGGAACCGACACAACAAGCUACACCAAAACGAUCCAUCCCAAGCCCCCUGGUGAAGGAUAUCCCACCUCGAGCUUCCAAAAACUAGCCAAAUCCCCAGUCACUCUCCUCGCCCAGCCAUGCCGCCGCAUCGUCUUCACCAUACGAUCCAAAGAUCAGGGCUGGGGCGGCGAGUACCACAAUCAGAACACCUACAACGGCUCCUGGACAUGGUUCGAAGCCGGGCUGGAAAGGUGGUGUAAAAGCCAGAUACCUGAUCCCCCACAGCCAUGUGAAUCCCAUGAAGACCCAGUUCAGAAACCGGUGAGAGAUGAUGACGACAACGACGAUGAUAAGCAACUGUCAAUGAACCUCGAGGAUCUGGCCACCGUGAUUCCCGAGGUGGUGGUUGACCCGCAAAGUAAUGAGUUCAAGAUCAACCAUCCGCUGCUUCCACGGGAGAACGUCAAGAUUCAAUGCAACAAGUUGACGGAGAGGGAAUACAUCACGCAUGUGGUGGAGUGGAAUCACGAUGAUGACGUGGAUCCUGAGGACGAGGUGGCGGCGAAGAAGCUACAUGAUGUUGGGAGGGGAGAGCAGACGGGGAAUGGGGAGUUUGUGAGGAACAUGAGGAUUGGGGAUGUGGUGACUGUUUGGGGGAAGACGAGGUUCGGGGGCUGGAUUAAUAACAUCUCGUCGGUGAAGGUGGAGGUUUAUUGGUCGGUGUAG